AUGGCGGAGGAAGAUCGCGUAUUCUUCUUCCUCGACGGGCUCCAACCUUGGGAGAAAAAGGACCUUGUGGGGCGCGCGACGUCAAGGACCAAGGCGCCCAAAGCGAGCAAGGCUAAAGGUGGAGGAGACCGUCGCGCCCAGAAUGAGUGCAGGGGCCGCGAGAGGGGUCUUGUGUCGCCGCAGAAGAAAUUAACGUGCUACGUCUGUGGCAAGAACCAUUGGGCGAGGGACUGCCGAAAGAAGAAGCAGGUGAAUGCAAUCCAGACCAAGCAGGGCGAGGGCAAUGCAGAACCGACGAAGAUAGGCGCGCUCAGGCUUGUCAACGCAGUUCAGGGGCUGGCAAGCAGUAGCAAGCCCCACAACAAGGAGCUUUCACACAUCGAUGUGACCCUUAACGGCAGGACCACACGAGCAUUGGUGGACACGGGAGCCACUCACAACUUUGUUGCCGAGAUGGAGGCCAAACAGAUAGGCCUUCCCCUUGAGAAGGAUGCUGGCAGGAUCAAGGCCGUCAACUCUGAGGCACAACCUGUUGCGGGCGUGGCCAAUGGCGUGGCCAUUGCGAUGGGACCUUGGAGAGGCAACGCAAACUUCACCGCUGCACCCAUCGACGACUUCCAAGUCAUACUAAGUAUGGACUUCUUGGCUUCGUGGAAGGCGGUUCCGAUGCCACACCUUGGAGCCUUAAGCAUCAUAGAUGAGGCGGCCUCCUGCAUGCUCCUAGCGAGCCAGGAGAAAACGGUAAGCACCCAGACCCUCUCUGCAUUGCAGUUGCAAAAAGGUGUGAACCGUGGCGAGAUGACUUACCUUGCGGCUAUCCGGGAGGCGAGCGACGAGGGCCUCGAGGAGGAGGGCCUUCCUGCGGAGAUUGAGCUUGUCUUGGUAGAUUUCUUGGAUGUACUUCCACCUAGGCGGGAGGUGAAUCACGACAUCGAGCUUGAGCCAGGAGCCAAACCGCCAGCAAAAGCACCAUAUAGAAUGGCCCCGCUAAAGCUCGAGGAGCUGCAAAAGCAGUUGAAGGAGCUUCACGAUACGGGCUUCAUUCGACCGUCGAAAGCAUCUUACGGAGCACCAAUUUUGUUCCAGCAGAAGAGCGACGGAAGCCUACGGCUUUUUAUUGAUUACAGAGCGCUCAACAAGCUAAUGGUAAAAAACAAGUACCCUAUUCCUUUAGUUGCAGAUCUCUUCGACCAGUUGGAAAAAGCAAAGUACUUCACUAAACUCGACCUUUGCUCUGGGUACUAUCAAGUGCAGAUUGUGGAAGGAGACGAGGAGAAGACCACAUGCACGAUGAGGUACGGGGCCUAUGAGUUCCUUGUCAUGCCGUUCGGCUUAACGAACGCACUAGCGACCUUCUGCACACUCAUGAACAAGCUGUUCCAUCCCUAUCUCGAUCGCUUUGUGGUGGUGUACCUCGAUGACAUCGUGGUAUACAGCAACACCUUGCAGGAGCACAUCGAGCACUUGCGAACUGUUUUCCAAGUGCUGUGGGAGAACCAGCUGUUCGUCAAGAAGGAGAAGUGCACAUUCUCAAAGGAAGAGGUGCACUUCCUUGGCCACUGGAUAGGCCAGGGCUUGAUUCGCACGAACCAACGAAAGGUCCAAGCCAUCUGCAAAUGGGAGACCCCAACGACGGUUUUCGAGUUGCGAUCUUUCCUUAGGCUCGUCAACUACUACCGCCGCUUCAUUGCGGGCUACUCUGCAAGAGCAGCCCCGUUGACGGAUCUGCUGAAGAAAAACCACUCGUGGGAUGGGCACCCCAUCGCCUAUGAGAGUCGCAAGCUCAACGACACCGAGCGGCGUUAG